GUAAAACACAACCGAGCCACAUUAAUAAAAAAUGGGCCGCAGGUUUGAAAUGCUCUAGAAAUGAGGCUAGUUAUAAUUGGGGCUUUUGGGGGUUAGACUAAUUGAGCUUAGGGUUAUACUUAUAUGGGGUCUCCACUCUAAGAAGUAAAAAGGAGAUGGGAACUACUGGCGUCUGGCGGCAGGGGAUAAGAAUAGAGCGGCGAGAGAAGAAUUGAGGGGAAAAGAUCGGAGUGUAUAAGUAUACAAGAAAAUCAUCAAGCUAAUCACGUCGGGAGAUAGGCUAUGCCAUAAAGGGUAAGCUCUCGUUCUUCUUCAUUGAUUUCAUGCAUAACAGUGCUGAUUUUGAAUCAUAAUCUAAUUUGGGGUUGAUCAGUAGGGUGGAACUCAUCGCCACCAAUUAGUGUAAUGAUAAGAGGAAAUAGGGUCAUUAGAUACGAGGCUAAACUAAAGGACUCGUGAUGCUCAUCUAUAUGUAUAUGUGUACUUGGAACAAAAUCAAGGAAGCAUGGUACAAGUUGAGGGCUCUAAUCUUAGUAAUUACCUCCACGUAAACUCAUGCAAUGAAUGGGACGCAUGAGUUCCGUUUGUUCUUGAACAUGACUUAGGUCAGAUGGAAUUGGAUAAUUGGUGAUGGGUUGGGAUUAAAGUAGCUUCCUCUAUCUGGCCAUGGAAUUCGGAGUACAUAGGUGAAGAUGGAGUUGGUGGUUUAGUGAAGUCUUGUAAUACAAGUAGGAUGGGUAGAAAUUGAUAAUGGACAUGCACGUGAAUCACUUUAAGAGUUAAGAAGAUGGCUAAGUAAUUGGUUAUGGAAUAUUCGUAGGUUCAUAAGCAUAUGUACAAGCAACGUGGAACUCUCCUGCACAUUGCUGGUGAGGAGUAAGGAGUUCAUAUUGAUCAGAGUCAGUCUUGACGGAAAUGAGGUGAGUGUAAAUGGGGUAAAAUCUCUGUCGUAGGUCUUUUAGUUUCCGCUUUUCGUUCAAGUUAUUAUUUAGUUAAUUUUUUUCUAGUAUGCGCGAUAUGUGUGUGAGGCAUCCCACCGCCUGUAAGGGUGGAGGUACGCGUUGUGCUAUGUAUGAAUGUAUGUGAUGUUGUAUGGAUUGAUGGUAUGAGGAACCCCCAGGCGGUUGGGUCACUACUGGACGGCGAGAUGUAAAGCAGUAGUUGAUGGGCAUGGACUGGACGGCGAGACAUAACGCAGUGCCAUUGCCGAGUUCGGGUAUGCAACCGGACGACGAGACGUAACGCGGUUGGCAUACUAGGGUAGGGACACCGGACGACGAGACGUAACGUGGUGGUCCCUUGUGUUGGUGUCAUUGGAUUAAGAAUAUAAGUAAGGGAAUUCUAAAGAUAAGAUAAGAGUAGAGAUCUCUUAUAGACUUUUUAUAACAAAGUAUAAAGGAUGAAAGCGAGAACGGCUUUUGUCUAAUUCAUGAACCCUAAUAACGUGUUUAGUAGAGAGUUCGCCUAGGCAAAGACCUUAGGAAGUAACAACGAGACUGACCCCUUCUCACUCACCAGGUUGAGGAUAGGUUAGCAGAAGUGGAUCCCAAGAAGAAACAGGGCAAGGCGAGCAGCAGUAUUAGCGUUGACGGGAUAUCAGAAAGCUCGUGAUGAGUCAAGUUAGAAUAGUUAAUUAUUUUGUCCAUGAUUAUGAGUUUAUGUACUGGAGAUUCAGGGUUCAAGAUUUUGUGUGAAGUUGUUUUAAGUGUUUGAGAUUGAAAUUUUGCCCAAGUGUUGAGGCUUUUCAUUUGAAAUUCUUAAAUAAUGUCAGUUUGUUUAUUUUAAAAAGUGGUUGGUUGCUUUGGAGUAACCGGUUUUCGGUUUGUGUUGCGGUUUGGUUUUCAAAAAGGAUCGGGUCGUGUCAAAAUCGACAAGGAAGUUCAAAGAAGAGAAAAAAAGAAUAACGAAAACCGAAAUAGUAGGCCGCUUCAUAGUGAAGCUCUAAGGUCUGAGCACACAUUUCUGGAAAAAAUCCCAAAUUACAAUAGUAAUUAAAAAUAAAUUCCCAAAAUACAUAAGUUAUAAAAAAAAUUCCAAAUCUACAUAUGUUUCACAUUCACCCCCUUUAUCAAAGGAAGUGAAAGCAAUCACCGCAUUAAACAAACACGGUGAAUAAAUCACCGCGUUUUGAUAAAACGGUGAAGGCUUCACCGCAACAGAGUAAAACGGUGAAAACUUCACCACAACAGAGUAAAACGGUGAAAGUGCAGGGAACCAACCACCGCGUUUUAUUAAAACGGUGAAGUAUUCGCCGUUUUAAUUAAAAGCGGUGAUUGGUUCCCGCAUCCGACGACUACGGUGAAAGCGACGCGGAUCGUUAACGUGAACAAACGCGGGGAAUUCACCGUCCCCGCGUUUGUCCACAUCAGCGAUCCGCGUCGCGCAGAUGCUUCACCGCUGCCGUUGGAUGCAGUGAGGCGCAGAUUUUGGUUUUCCUCCCAGAUCUGACGCCUCACAGCCUCCCACGUCAACGAUCUUCGCCGUUCACCAUUUUCGAGAAAGGCGGGUUAUUCAAUGCCUUUAUCAAUGGCGGUGAUGGCUUUGCCUUGAUUUUCGCCAGUUCCCUUCCCCUAUAAAUAGAACCCUUCCCCCGCUCUUCCAAAUCACAUCACCAUAUUACACUUCUUUCUCCCUCCAUUCAUCCACUCUAGUCUCGUUCUAAGUAUGCUUUGUGGUUGCGGCUAAGUCCGUUCUUCCACAUCAGAAAGAAUUACUAGAGGGAUACCCUAAAGCCCGUCCCUUAAAACCCCGUCGAACCUCUGUCCGGCUUUCGCCAAAAAAUGGACGAAGAGGCUCUUCGAGUAGGUUCUUGGUUUUUCUUUUGUUAUUUUUGUUUAAUCGAAACAAUUUGAUUUUGUGAUUUUUUUAAUUAAAACAAUUUAAUUCAUUACUUUUUUAUAGAUGGGUGCAGAGAUAUACGAUCCUCGAUUGUAUAUCCAUUAUGGGACAAGCGAUACAAAGUAUUUAUUCGAUCAAGAAGCACAUCGCUCCCGUCCAAUUUGGGACAAAAAUCCGGUAAACACUUCGUACCUUAUCAACAAUUUACUUUAUUUCAUUAUUUUAUAAGAUUUUAUUUUGCAUUCUUUUAACUAACAAAUCGAUGUUUUUUCUAAUUUUUUGUACGAAUCACUUAUUCCCGUCAUUCAUAAAGGGACAACUAACUUGCUUGCUUGGCAUGAUCGACUGUCUUCGUAUAUAGAGAGGACUGGGUUGGGUAUGUUAAGACAUUUCAUGCGGAUUGAAAUUGACAACGAUCUGCUUAUGGCAAUGGCAGAGCGAUGGCGCCCCGAAACCCAUACGUUCCACCUUUUGGAGGGGGAAAUGACGAUCACCCUCAAAGACGUCGCGAUCCUCACCGGGCUGCCGAUAACUGGAGAGGCCAUCAUUGGUAUCACUACCAAACCCGAAGCAGGUUGGGGGCCGUUCAUUCGUGAUCGUUUGGGCUUUGACAUGGCGACCAACACACCAAUUCAAGGACGGGGGCAUCCAUCGUUGAAUCCUGUGGCUCGUUACUCACAUCCAAAAUGAGGUUCAAAUCGACCCAGACACUCCGGAAGAUCAAGUGGAGCGCUAUGCACGCAUCUACCUCAUUGGUUUAGUCGGUGGAUUUUUGUUCCCCGACAAGUCAAAUAGGUGGAUUCAAUGCAUAUGGUUGCCAAUGCUCCUUGGUGACAGGGACGCGAUCGAGGAAAAGAGUUGGGGAUUGGUUGUGUUAGCUGGCUUAUAUAGGGAGCUGUGUACUUGCUCGAAGGUGUGAGUGAAAUAAGCUGGUGGUGCGAUGUUCAUCCUCCAGCUCUGGGUAUGGGAGCAUCUUCCAAUGUUUGCACCUCAAAACCCACGUCCAUACUGGAGAGCAGAUGAUGAGCUACGAAAUGUGCAAAAUCCCCUCUAUGGUGUCAAGUAAGUUUAUUCCAUACUUAGCUAGAUUUAAAUUUAUUCCAUGUUUAGCUAGAUUUAAAUUACAUUUAUUCCGUACUUAGCCUAAUUGCAAAUUUAUUCCAUGCUUAGCUAGAUUUACAUUACAUUUAUUCCACUUAGCUAGAUUUAAAUUUAUUCCGUACUUAGCCUAAUUGCAAAUUUAUUCCAUGCUUAGCUAGAUUUAAAUUACAUGUAUUCCAUACUUAGCUAGAUUUAAAUUUAUUCCGUACUUAGCCUAAUUGCAAAUUUAUCCCAUGCUUAGCUAGAUUUAAAUUACUGAUUCGGGUCUAAUUGUUCAUGUUUUGCCCCCGUUUUACUUACAUGUUUGUGCCAAUUUCACUCCUAAAAGUUUGGUUUUACGCUAGAUUCCUUGUGUUUUAGUGUGUUACAGGAUUCAACAGGUGAAACCAGCCUCGGAGUCAAAAGUUGGGCGAAAAGGAUCGAAAACCGGGAGAAGAGGUGAAAAGGAGCCAGUUCACGGCUUUCCCAGGAAGAGGAGCCCUUGACCGUGAAUCGCGAGUCGUCCAGAACACAAAUGAAGUUUACUAUCGCAUGGUGAGUUCACGGUCUAUAAGACCGUGAACAGAAGUGAAUGAUGCGGCACGUUUUUGUGCACGCCUGAAGUUCACGGACGUGUUUCGUGGUUCACGGCCGUGAACUCAGCUCGUCUCUGGUUUAAAUGAUGAGCUGAAAGGAGGAGAGAGGGGAGAGCACAUUUUGUGUGAAAAGCCUUCUUCAACAUUUAGAGAGAGAAACACGAACCAAAGGGAGAAGAAGGCUAGGAUUUAGCUUCAAGAUAGAUUUUGGGAAGAUUUCCUCCAAGGAAAGCUUAACUCAAGGGCCAAGAAGACUGGGAGCAUCCUCCAAGAUGGUUUCCACCUCUUUCCCUUUUGUUUUCCCCACUUCUAGCAUGGAGUAGACCUCCUUUCACUUGGGUGUUGUGAAACCCUAACUCUAGCAUGUAGUUUUCUUUUAUGUGUAUUGGAUGAUUGUCGUUGGGUAUUGUUCAAUUCAAUGCUUGAGGCAUUAUUUUAUCAUGAUUGUGCAUGCUUGUGCUUAGCAACCUAGGGGUUGUGCAUGUUUUGUGCUUAGCAUCCUUAGAUUUGUGCAUUUAGGUGCUUAAUUAACAAUAAUCCCCAAAAAUAUGAGGUUCCAUCAUCCCCGCUUCCUUCGAAAAAAACCUUGUCCCCAAGGUUGUCCCUGGCUCACUGAUUCUCUUCCUUAGCGGCCUCAAUGUCUGCUGUUGCGUCCUCCGCUUCCGGUGUCAUCCGAGCUGCAGUAGCACCAGCUCUAGUGGAACAUGACCCCGAGGUCCCACCAGCGGCCAAGCAUCCACCUGCUCAUGCACCCAACCGUCGCCGCCGCCCAGUGCUCCAGCGCCCUGCACAGCAGCCACCACCACUAGGAGCAAGCGAUCCCCUCGUCCAGAGGGUGGAUCACCUAGAGACGAGCUUCAUGGGAUUCUCAUCCCGCCUCGAGAGGCAGUCCGACAUCCUCGAGCUCAUGGCUCGACGCUAGGGUAUCCUACCCGAUUCUGGAGAGGGUCCAUCCACCGAGGAAAGGUAGCCGACGAGUGACACAUGUGGCAGAGCGGAGUCCUUUCACCCCACUUCUCUACUUGUAACCCUGAACUUGUUUUAUUUUCUUUUUUGUUAUUUUUCUUCAGUUUUUGUGGGUCUGUGAUAUAAACUACUACUAUGUAU